AUGGAGGAACAACUCCCUACACUUGUCGGAGAUGCCCUGGACGUCCGACUGCUGCAGACGUGGGCUGCGCAAGAAGAGCAGGUGGCUGAGGAGGUCAGGCGAAGCUUUGGUGCCGCAGUUUGGCUGAAGGGCGAAGUUUGGAAGGAUGCGCCCACUCACCAUGCCGUACUAGGAGAGGUCUCUCCAUCUGCAUCGGCGAUUGCCCUUGCCCGACUUGCUUGUGCAUUGAGCACAUCGUCAGCAUCAUUGAUGAAUCGCUGGAGUGAAGACCAGGAAAAGUUAGCAUCCGAGCCCGCAUUGAGCAAGGAGGUUUGCCGAUUGAGUCAAGACUUACAACAUGCAAGGGCAGAAAGAAGAGAAGCCUAUCACAGGCUUCAAGACCUGCAGGACAGAAAGCAGGCCGCGCAGGUCGCGCUCGCGAAAGCAAUGGAGAUGGAGGAAGAGACAGAGGACGAUGAGAUCGAAGACGGCCAUUCGCCGGCUCCUUCUGAGGCUCUGUCUGAGCAUGGAGACGAGCAGGUAGUGAAGAAGCGUGGCUGGAGUGGUGCGAAGAGGAUGCUUGGCAAAGGCUUGAAGAAGAUUCGGGAGGCCGCAAGGGUAAAGCAGAAAGCUUGA